AUGGCGGAUUCAAAUGACCGUGAGGUUGAUGUCCUCAAUUAUCUCAACCACUCUUCCCCACUUGAUCACCCGGGGAGGACAAUGAUACCCACUAUCAAAGAUAGAUUCGUCCUCCAUGGCCCUAAUGGCACCCACCCUUGCUAUGUGACAACCCUAGCAAUGUGUAGUGUCUCUAGUGCGAAGGAAGGGUCAUACAAACGCAUCUUUCAGGCCAUGACCGCUCGCUCGCUCAUUGUGCAACUUUUGUUAGCCGUUGAGUACAUCCACAGCAAAGGAGUUGUUCAUGGAGACCUUCACAUCGCCAAUAUUCUUUUAUGUCUCCCAGCCGAUUUUGAUCAGCUCUCAAUCGAAGAGUUAUAUGAAAAAUACGGUUCGCCCGUGUCAGAACCAGUUAUUCGUUUUGAUGGUCAGCCCCUUGAGUCUGGUGUUCCGUCUAGCGUCGUCCCUCCUAUCUGGCUUGGGAAAGCUUCAGAGGAAUUCUCCCUUCCAGAAUCUAGAGUCCUGCUCAGUGAUUUUGGAGAGGCAUACAGACCCUCUACAGAGUACCGAUAUAACUCGCACGCCCCUAUGUCCUGA